GAGAAAUACAGGGGUGGAUGAAUAACAAAAUCCCAGUUCACCAAAAGCCUGUGUCAGAGCAGGCAAAGAAGUAGAAGCUGCACCAUGGAGUGCCACGUCUUUUCUAUACUGUUCCUGAUCUUGACAGUGGAAUCAGAAUGUUCACCAAGCGACAGAUUCUUCAUCUCAGCCCCCCGUGUGUUUCAUGUGGGUGUUAAUGAGAAAGUGUUUGUCCAGAUGGGAAACCCUCAUCUCAAUAAUCCUGAUUUCAAUAAUCCUGUUACUCUCCACCUGGAGUCUGAGAUUAAAGGUAUUCUUGUGUCUGAGAAGAAAACUACUUGGUGUACUGUGGACGAGAAGAUCAAAACAGUUGAGCUCAAGAUAGACAUGAACCUUGCGUCAGAAGUGCGUCCGUCUCGUGGACCAUGGUACCUUAUGCUGGUGGCAGAGAGCCCAUCCUUCAGUGGCAGGAAGAUGACAAGGGUCCUGGUAUCAAAACACAGGGGCUAUAUCUUCCUUCAGACUGAUCAGCCAAUCUACAACCCAACACAGAAAGUGAGGUACAGGAUAUUCACUCUGGACCACACAUUCAGGCCUCAUGAGGAAGUGUUCCAGAUAGCAGUAUUUAAUGCUGCUGGAAAUAGAGUAAUGAAGUCCAUAAAGACUGCCAAAGGAGGAAUACUCCAAGGCACGUUCUACAUACCUGAUGUCUCAAAAAUGGGCACAUGGAAGAUUACAGCACACUAUGAAGAUGAUGAAGCAAAUGCUGCUUCCCGAGAGUUCAAAGUCCAAAAAUUUGUUUUACCAAGUUUUGAAGUGAACAUCGCAGUGGAGCAGAGCUAUAUUUUGUUGAAUGCUGAGCAGUUUCACUUCACUAUCUUAGCAAGGUAUUCACAUGGUGAGAAAGUUAAUGGGGCUUACCACUGCCAAUUUGGAGUGGUAGAAAAAGAUACCCAUGGUCAGAAAAUGAAGCCCACCUUUAUCAGGGGACUGGAGUUGACUGGUUCGGUCCAGGAUGGAACUGCAGCAGCUUCUCUCCAGAUAGCAGACUUAAAUGUGCGGCUCCAAAAACAGAACAAAACCCUCUCCGAAUUACAGCAAAGUGGAGCACAACUCAACUUGAGAGUAUUUGUCACCAACAUACAAAGUGGUGAAAUGCAAGAGACGGACAUUUACCUUCCUAUCAUCUCCCACAAAUACACCAUGGAUCUCUCUCGAACACGCUCAUAUUUCCUUCCUCGAUUUCCGCUAGAUGUGGUGGUGGUCGUGCGUCUCCCAGAUGGAUCCCCAGCAGCUGGUGUACCAGUAAAGAUUGAUGUACCAACCUCUUCAGAGGGAUCUUGGCAAGGCCCCACUGACCAGGAGGGGGCAGUAUUUCCUGUGUUUAACAUCCCGACUGAUGCUCAGAUUACUGUUGAAGUGUCAGCAGAUGGUCUGCAACAAAGGAAAGUAAUUCAACGUGCUUCAUCUCCAAGUAACAGCUACCUUUACCUGAGUUUUAACAACAAGGUGUACUCUGUGGGCGAGUUACUGUCUGUAAAUUACAACACCAUCAAUGGCCCAAACCUUGGGUUUAUAUACUACAUGGUCUUAAGCCGUGGGAUCCUCAUAAAAAAGGGUUCUCUCGCAUUUGGUACUUCAGUUAAAGAUAACCUGCGGAUAACAUCUGAUAUGGUGCCAUCUUUUCGUCUGAUUGGCUACUACUACAACCAGGGCGGUGACAUCAUUGCUGACUCGGUGUGGGUAGAUGUCAGGGAUGAAUGUGAGAUAAAGGUCAAGGUCGAACAAAUAGGACCAUCUAAACCUGGAAAAAGGUUUGAGCUAGAAUUUGAUUUACAUGGUCAGAAUGCCAGAGUGGCUUUGCUGGCUGUGGACAAGGCCAUCUACGCUCUCAAUGCCAAUAAUAAACUCACAGCCAAACAGGUGUUUUCCUCUAUGCAGUCAUAUGACCUUGGUUGCUCAUACAGUGGAGGAUCUGACCCUGCAUCUGUACUAACAGAAGCUGGCCUGUCUUUUGUAUCUCAGUCCCAGUCAGGGGAGAAAAAGAGUUUUGGCUGUGAUUCACAAGCUGCACGUCAAAGACGCGAUGUGGACCUUCAACAGGAAAUGAUGACCUUAAAAUCAAACUUUUCCGAUGAAAAGUUGCAAGAAUGUUGUGUUCGCGGGUUUUCUCUCAUCCCUAUGAGCCGAACAUGUGAGGAAAGAGUGAGGAGAGUCUCUCUGGUGGGAAGAAAUCCUGUUUGUGCAGACGCUUUUUUAAAGUGCUGCCUUGAAGGAGAGCGUCUGAGACAAAAAAAGAUGCAAGAGGACGCCGGGAAAGGACUUGGCAGAACUUCAAGCACAGCUGAAAUUGAACAGUUCUUCUGGGACACUGCUAAUCAGUACAUUCGACGAUAUUUCCCCCCAAGCUUUGCAUUCACAGAGUUUGAUGUAAAUGGGAAACGAAGGUAUCCUUUGACUCUACCUGAUUCCAUCACCACAUGGGAGAUUCAGGUCGUCACUUUAUCUGCAACCACUGGUUUGUGUGUAGUUAAGCCGUCUGAAGUCAGAGCAUUUAAGAGGGCAUUUGUUUCUCUGAGACUGCCUUACUCAGUGAAGAAAUAUGAACAACUAUCCAUUUCGCCUGUUAUCUACAACUAUGGCAAUGACAGACUAGAGUUGGCAGUUCAUAUGGAACAAAAUGAAGGACUUUGCUCCCCCGGCUCAGCCACCACUAUAGCUUUUGUAAACAUUACUGUGGAGCCAGAGUCUUCCCAGUUUGUCUCCUUCUCUGCUGUCCCCAUGGUAACCGGCUCUAUACCCAUCAAAAUACGUCUUUAUGACAUGGAGAAUGAGAUGGGAAUAGAUGCAAUUGAAAAGACUUUGAAUGUGUUGACCGAAGGAGUAGAAAAGAGAGUAGAGGAAACCCAAGUGCUGAAAUUAGAUGGGAGGAGCGCGCAGACUAUCAAAAUUAACGGCCUUUUACCAGAUGGCAGAGUCCCCGACUCCAGCUCCAAUAUUUUCAUUUCAGUGGAAGGGGAUGGAUUUGGCAGUUCACAUGCGAAGAACCUUCUUUCUCCUGAGAAGGUUGCUAAACUGAUCGUAUUGCCUACAGGAUGUUUAGAACAGACUAUGGUAGGACUGGCCCCUACAGCGGCAGCCCUCCGCUACCUUGACCUGAGUGAGCAAUGGUUUGACCUGCCUGCUGGUACCAGAGAUGAUACCCUUGAUAAAAUUGAGACAGGUUUUAUAAGGGUUUUAUCAAAAAAGAGAUCUGAUGGAUCUUAUGGAGUCUGGUGGUUGAUGCCAUCUAGUCAUUGGGUGACUGCCCUUGUAGUGAAAGUGCUAUCGUUGGUGGCGCAGCGUCAGAUAGUGGCUUUUGGACAACAGGGCAGGAUGGCUAGGGUUGUACCAGAAGAAGAGAUCAGGCACUCAGUCAGUUACUUGCUCUCAGCACAGAAGACUGAUGGGUCAUUUGGUGACCCAUACCCAGUGCUACACAUAGGACUUCUGAAAGGCAAAGACAAAGAAGCAUCCAUGACAGCUUUCAUAAAUCUCGCACUGUACCGGUCCCUUCAAUUCCUAAACACCGAAUUGAGAAACAAUACAGAAGCAAGCAUUUCAAGAUCAACAUCAUAUCUCCUGUCACACGUUGAGGAGCUUCAGCAUCCCUACGCUGUUGCCAUUACAGCCUACUGCCUUGCAGUUUGCCUGUCACAGGAACCCGAUCGUUCAUCUGCCUGGACAAAACUUCUAUCACUGGCUACUGAAGGGAAGAAUGGCUGUUAUCUGUGGACAGCCGAUGCCAGCCCAAAGAAUCAGGAGAGGGCCAUCACAAUAGAGACUACAGCCUAUGCCCUCCUAGCUGCAGUUGAACUUGGGCAUACCGAAGUGGCAGACAAAACAGCCUGCUGGUUAACCACCCAAGAAACCUAUUCUGGAGGCUACAUAUCAUCACAGGAUACCAUCAUGGCAUUGGAAGCUCUCGCAGAGUAUGAGCUAAAGAGGUUCGUCAGUCCCGAAGUAAAUCUAAUAGCAGAGUUCACAGUCCAAGGAAAGAGAGACAUUGUGAAGCUUGCAUUGGAAAAUAAGAAGCAGAAAGUGGAAACUGACCUUAAGAAAUUUUCAGGGAACAACAUUGUUGUGAAAUUGACAGGAAAAGGCAAUACUAAGCUAAAAAUUGUAAAGGCCUACCAUCUUCUGGACCCCAAGCAAGAUUGUGACGAAGUGUCUAUCAGCGUCUCAGUAAAGGGGAAAGUGAAGUACACUGCUAAGGUAGUAGAAAAUUACGAAUACUAUGAUGACUACGAUAACAACGAGGAGAAGGAGGUGCGAGUGAAACGAUCAGCGAUUGAGUGGUUUGAUGCUCGCACCCGAAACAGGAGAAAUGUUGAUAACAACUUAAAUUUAGAGGAGGCGGUCACCUACACAAUCUGUGUCAGUCACAGCGUGAACAGAAAUCUCACAGGAAUGGGCAUUGCUGACAUCACACUUCUGAGUGGAUUUGAGGCUGUAACUCAGAGCCUGGACAAGCUAACAGAGCCACCUGAACAAUACAUUUCCCAUUAUGAGGUCUCCUAUGGAAGAGUGGUGCUCUACUUCAACGAGCUCUUUGAAUCAGAGGAAUGUAUUAGCUUUGAUGCUAUACAGAGGGUACCAAUUGGCCUUCUACAACCUGCUCCAGCUGUGUUCUAUGAUUAUUAUGAACCAAACAUAAAGUGUACUGUGUUCUACUCCGCCCCCCAAAGAAGCAAGAUGGUCUCCAGACUGUGCUCGGGGGAUGUGUGCCAGUGUGCAGAAAGAUCCUGUCAUAAAAUACAAAAUACGUUCCAAUCAGCAAGAGGUCAAAGAAUCACAAAGGAUGUCCGUUUACAACAUGCUUGCUUUUCCCCUACAGUAGAUUAUGCAUACAUUGCUGAAGUCAUCAAUGUUUCUAUGAAGAGUAACUUUGAGCUGUACGAAAUGAAUGUAAACAAGGUACUCAGAUCAUUUGGAGAUAUCCUUGUGAAUGAGAAUUCUGCUCGAGUGUUUGCCAAGAGGCUUCAGUGUAAAGGACAGCUAGACGUGGGAAAACAGUAUCUCAUCAUGGGCAAAGACGGCUCCACAACCGACUCAAACGGACAGAUGCAGUAUCUGUUGGAGUCAAACACCUGGGUUGAAAGAAAGCCAUUGGAGGAAGAAUGUAAAAAAUCUGCACACAGAGCUGCCUGCACAGGGUUUAAUGCAUUUACAGAUGAGUACAAGAUAGAUGGCUGCAGACAGUGAAACAGACAAAUCUGUUUCAUUUAACUUUCAUUUUCUGUUUAGUGCAACUCAGUUAAAGUAGUUUUGCAUGCGAUGCACAGUCAUCAUGGCUGUUUUUUACUGUUUAUAAUCAGUCACGAAAGCAUACUGUAGUAUAGGAACAUCCAUAUAUACUACUGAGACAUUAUAGACCUCUGCAGGGAUGACGUAUAUUUGUAGGCCAAGCAGGAAGUUAGCAUCGCCAUGGUUCCCUCAACAAAAAGCCAAUGGGAUUUUUCCAUUGGGUUUUGGAUUAUUGCAGAAAACAAACUCUGUGGCAAACAAACAUUUAUGAUACUUACACAUUUUGUACAGCAAAAUAAUCUUCACAAAUGAAAACCACUUUUAUGAUUUUUGAAGUGUGAAUGCAAUCGCCAGGAGUAAAAAGCGAACGUUAGGCUAUGAACGAACUACACCACGGCUCAUUUAGCCACUUGUUAGCAACCGCCUUUUUUAAAGACACGUAAAACCAAACCAAAAACCCAUUCCAAAAAUCCAUUAACUUUGAGACGAGGGAACUGGAAUUGCAAAAAUGCUAACUAAUUUCAAGAUUUUAAGACUCAUUCCUGCAGCACUCUGUUGCUUGCCAGACAGUAGGUGGAUGACUGAUUCAGUCCUACUCCACCACAAUAUCAUUUUAAAGUGUACUACUUAACAAUGUAACCACUAAUCAUGUCUUUAUGUCCAAUACAGCUACCAGUGUUGAAAUAAAAAAAAACUCUUAAUGUUUGCAAA